GAGAAUUAGGCUAUCGAGAAGGAGCAUGGAAAAAUUAUGAGAAGUAUAAAGACCCAAUUCCUAAUCUGGAUUCCAAUCAACCACCUCACUCCCAAAAUCCAACUCUCUCAAUCAAUAAUCCUCCAACCCCAAACCAAGAACCAGCACCCCCACCAAGUCAAAACAAUCCUUCUCCUAAUCAAAAUAAACAAGACCAACCAACCGAACCAACUAAUAAAGAUAACUCACCUACUCCAUCAGCCCCUAACAAUCCCCUCCCCUCCAAUACCGAUAUCCAAUCCCACUACCAUUUAGAUAAAGGCAAAUCCAUCGACAACAAUCCUACUCUAACCACCCCCGAACAAAAAAACCAAACUAAUCAACUCUUUUUCU